AUGUCUGCGAAUAAGAAGGCGCGUACUCAGCCUCCGUACGAGUUGCUGUACUGGCCUGGCAUUCCAGGACGUGGAGAGUUUAUUCGUCUGGCGUUCGAAGCAGCAGGCGUCUCCUACAAAGAUGUCGCCAACGAAGCCGAGGAUGGCAUGAAAGUCGUCGCAAGUCUCACCGAUCAAAGCUCCACAGGCUCCGACGGUAAUCCUCCCACCUUCGCACCACCCGCCCUGCGCAUCCCCGGCGAAGGCAAGAAUGGCGCUGCGCUGUUGAUCUACCAAACACCCUCCAUUCUCUCCUACCUCGGAGAUAAGCUCGGUCUCAGUGGCGCAGACGAGGCAGAGAAGUCGUGGAUCCUGUCGCAUACGCUGACGGCGCUGGACCUCAACAAUGAAGCCCACGAUACACACCACCCCGUUGCGGUUGCGAAAUACUACGAGGACCAGAAGGAGGAAUCGUUGAAGAAGGCAACGGAUUUCCGCGAGAACCGCAUCCCUAAGUUCCUGGGCUACUUCGAGCGCGUGCUCAAGGGCAACGAGGCGCAAGGACAAGGCAAGUUCCUUGUCGGGGGUAGUCUGAGCUAUGCCGAUACUACACUCUGGCAUGUGCUGAGUGGAUUGGAGUUUGCAUUCCCAAAGGAAAUGGAGGCAAGGAAGAAGGACUACCCGCUCUUAUUUGAAAGCUUCUAUAACAGUGUCAAAGAGACCAAAGGAAUCAAAGAAUACCUAGGUAGCGAGAGGCGAAAGCCGUUUAGCAUGGGUAUCUUCAGGCAUUACCCUGAGCUGGACAGGCAGUAG